AUGUGUCAAGGGCAGAUGCACGAGUUUCUCAAGGCUCUGCCGAAAUGUGAGCACCAUAUGCAUUUGGAAGGCUCCCUCGAACCAGACCUCCUCUUCGAACUGGCGGCCCGAAACAACAUCACCCUCCCGCAAGACGACGCCUCGUUCGCCAGCCCCGCGGCCCUGGUCGCGCGCUACCGCCGCUUCACCUCCCUCGACGACUUCCUGCACUACUACUUCAUCGGCAUGACGGUGCUCCGCACGGCGGCCGACUUUGAAGCCCUGGCCAGCGCGUACUUUGCGCGCGUCGCCGCCGCCCACGACCACGCCCACGACGGCGGCGUCGUCCACGCCGAAGUCUUCUUCGACCCGCAAGCCCACACGAGCCGGGGCGUCGACUACGCGACCGUCGUGGCCGGGUUCAGCGCCGCCCUGACCCGCGCGCGCUCCGAAUUGGGCAUCUCCUGCGCCCUGAUCGUGUGCGUGCUCCGCCACCUGCCACCGGAGGACGGUCUGGAAAUGUACAGGCGCGCCAUCCCGGAUCUUCAGGCAGGCGACUUCGUAACCGGUCUGGGCCUCUCGAGCACCGAGCUGGGUAACCCGCCGGCCAAGUAUCGCGACAUCUUCGCCGACGCCGAGGCCCGCGGGUUCAACCGCACGGCGCACGCGGGCGAGGAAGCCGACGUCACGUACAUGGCCGCGGCGCUGCACGAGCUGCACGUCACGCGCGUCGACCACGGGAUCAAGCUCGUCGAGGAUGAAGCGGUCAUGGCCGAGUUUGUCGCAAAGGGCAUCAUGGUCACCAUGUGUCCGUUGUCGAAUGUCGAGUUGCGGUGCGUGAAGCGGGUGGCCGACUUGCCCGUCCGCCGCUACCUCGACGCCGGUGUCAAGUUCAGUAUCAACAGUGACGACCCGGCCUAUUUUGGCGGGUAUAUCUUGGAUAACUACUGUGCUGUGCAAGAGGCGUUUGGGCUGAGUACGGCCGAGUGGGAGCGGAUUGUGCGCAAUUCCAUCGAGGGGAGUUGGUGUUCGAGUGAGAGGAAGGCAGAGAUUACGCGCUUGUUAGAGGAUGUCAUGGUCAAGUAUCGCGAUUGA